GCGCCAUCUUUGUCCAUUAUCGACGAAUGCAUUCCGUUCACGUCGACUAUACUGAGACGCUGGCUGGUUGCUAUGACUGAAGUUUAUGUUAUUUUUUUAGAAUUGGAGAUGACCUUUCAGUCUUACACUACCUUAUUGGAUGGAGAGUAAGGAGAGGCACAAUUAUUGCUGUUGACGAUAUCAAAUUCCUGGACGUUCUUUGCCAGCUGCUAGCAUGGGUCACGGGGCUAGUACCAAUGUGAAGAAAGUUGCCCUAAUCAAAGAUCAAGGGUCAGAGGACUCUGAUGACUCCAGACCAGUAUGGACAAGAUCAAACUCAGAUGGCUGCAUCGUUGAGAAUCUGAAUUCCAGUAAAACCAAGGUAGAUUUACUAGAUCAACAGGUCUCUGAGUAUAAAGAAUUAUUCAGGACAUCAGAGCUUAAAUUAGAAGAAACAGUGGACAGAGCCAACACUCUAGAAAAACAGCUUGCGGAAGUAGAAGGAGUAAACUUUGAGCUGACAGACACAGUUAGUGAUCUUCAGCAGCAGGUAGAGUCUCUUCAAGCUAACUCAGGGUCAGAGGUCAACAGACAGCUAGAGGAGGAAUCGACCACUAGUAUUCAGCAAGUUGAGAAGUUAGAGAUGCAUGUUAAAUUAUUAGAAGAGCAGAUGGCUAGCAUGCGUUCUAAGUUUCGUAAGAAGUUGAGGUCAGCAAACACAGAGGUGACAGAGUCUAAACAGGAGGCUUCUCUCAAACUCUACAGUCUUAAAGAUCAGAUUAAACAGCUAGAGGAAGAGAACCUUAAACUUACAGAACGACUUGAUCUAGCCAACAGAAGACCUAGCAAGACGGAGCCAUUAUCAAACCAGACAGGGGGUGAUGAUUCCAGGAUGAUGGUCAUUCUUGAGCUGUCCAACCAAGUGUCUGCUCAAGAAGAUCAAAUCAUACAGCUACAAGAGCAGCUGCAAGAGAGAGACAAAACCAUCAAGGAACUAAUCAAUCAGCUUGAUCACGAGAGGCCAGUGAGUCAAGCUCUAAGUGAAUUGGGUAGCAGGCCACCAAGUGGAGCCACCACUAGGCCAUUGAGUGGAAGGAGUCAGCAGCAAUCUUCAAGGAAUGGACAUGUGGAGCCUAGGAAAGGUAGUGGAAGAUCAGUUAGGUCAGGAAAAUCAUCUGAAGGUAUUCAGGAUGAUGAACUAAAUGUAGGUGAUCAUCAAGAAGUCAUCGGGAGACAUGUCUCUGAUAGUACUGUUGGUGAAUGUGAUGAUAUUCCCAGAGAUACGGAAAGGACUUCAUCUGGUAAAUCGGGCAGAAGGAGACGAAGCUCAUCUCGAGAGAGAAGGAAGAGUGGCAAUCAGAAUGAAAGGACAAGUGGUGGUGUAAGAAGAUAUUCUGAAAGGUCUAGCAGUGCAGAUGUCAAGGAGGUUAGAGGUCAUAGGAGGAAAGAAAGUACUUCUGGAAGUAAACCAAACAAUGCUUCCGCUGCUGAACUGCCUAAAGAUGGCUUUGUACCUGAAGGGAAUUCAAACAGCCACAGUGCAUAUGCGGACACUACUGAGAUCUUGACAAGGGAUCAGAUCAGAAUAAACUCGGCGGGAAGCCAGGAUUCUGCUUUCCAUGAAAGCCCAUUGGAAGGGACAAAGAGCGCGCCCUCUAGUGCUGGGACAAGUCGGCACCGUCGAAGAUUGAAGGCGGCUCAGCAACGUGCCUCAUCACUUGAAACAAUAGACCAUAGUGGCUUAACAUCUCCCAAACCACCACUAAAACCUGAAACAAACCUUUAUGAGCGGGACUCAGGGGUUGGUAAUGACUUAGGUCCAGUGUCAAGUAGAUCUACGUGUACAAAGGAAUCUGAUCAGGAUUUGGACGACCUAUUACAAGAACUCAUGAGUGAUGAGGGCUCCAAGGACACAGGGUGGAAGAAAAAUUCAAAUUCAAAUCAUGGGUUUGGGGUUUCAGAAGAAAAAAUUCGAAGCUUGUUAUCUGAUAGUGCUUCCUGAUGAGAACCUAGUUUUGUUCAUUGGAUGUGCAAAGGAAUCUGAUCAGGAUUUGGACGACCUAUUACAAGAACUCAUGAGUGAUGAGGGCUCCAAGGACACAGGGUGGAAGAAAAAUUCAAAUUCAAAUCAUGGGUUUGGGGUUUCAGAAGAAAAAAUUCGAAGCUUGUUAUCUGAUAGUGCUUCCUGAUGAGAACCUAGUUUUGUUCAUUGGAUGUGCUAACCAACACAAAUAGCCCGCUAAAUAUGGAGUUUGUAUCUGAUCUGAAAUAGGAGAAAUGACAACCAAUUGAUACACGUAACUACAGUGAUUGUCAAGAGGUUUGUUUUUUAAUACAUUUUUAAAACCUUUUUUUUUGCACCUUGAUGAGUGAACCAUCAUUAAAAAAAAUAUUUUUAGCUCAUCCGGCCCGAAGGGCAAGAUGAGCUUGUGGCGUCCGUCGUCUGUCCACAAUUCAAGUUCAAAAUGUUUCUUCUUCGCCAUUUCAAGUCCGAUUUCAAUUCUGUUUGCUUUAUAUGAUAGCACUAGGUGGGGGAUUCUUAACUUCUACACAGAAUUUUGAAACUCAUUAAAUAUGCUGAUUUAUGUGCAUUUUUCAAAAUUCACAAAAAAUGCUUCUUCGUUAUUUGUUGACCGAUUUCGUUUGUUUUUUUGCUUCCAUCUGGUAGAGCUUCAUGAGGUUCACCAAACUUCUACACAGAAUAUUGAAAUUUUGACUAGAACAAUUUUUAUGCUAAUUCAUGUGAAAUUAAUUUAUGCAUAUUUUUAAAAAUUCACAUAAAAUGCUUCUUCUUAAUUUGUUGAUCGAUUUUGAUUUUUUUUCGUCCAUCUGGUAGAGCUUCAUGAGGAUCACCAAACUUCUACACAGAAUUUUGAAAUUUGGAGUAGAAAAUUAUUUAUGCUAAUUUAUGCGAAAUUUGUUGACUGAGUUUCAAAAUGCUUCUUCGUCAUUUCAAGUCUGAUUUCAAAUCUGUUUGCUUUCUAUGAUAGCAUUAGGUGGGGGAUUCAAAACCUCUACACAGAAUUUUGAAACUCAUUAAAUAUGCUAAUUUAUGUGCAUUUUUCAAAAUUCACAAAAAAUGCUUCUUCAUUAUUUGUUGACCAAUUUUGAUCUUUUGGCUUCCUUUGGGUAGCACUUCAUGAGGUUCACCAAAUUUUUAACUUUUGACUAUAAAUUUUUUAAUGCUAAUUUAAUCGUAUUUUUAAAAAUUCACAUAAAAUGCUUCUUCUUCUUUAACUGUUGACCAAUUUUGUAUUUUUUUCUUCCAUCUGGUAGAACUUCAUGAGGUUCACCAAACUUCUACACAGAAUGUUGAAAUUUUCAGUAGAAACUUAUUUAUGCUAAUUUAUACGAAAUUUAUUCAUAAAUCACAGAAAAUGCCUCUUCUUUAUUUUUUGACCAAUUUUGAUUUUUUUUUCUUCCAUCUGGUAGAGCUGCAUUGGGAACACCAAACAUGUACACAAAAUUUUGUCUAGAAAAUUAUUUUUGCUAAUUUAUGCCAAAUUUAUUCAUAAAUCACAAAAAAGUGAAUUUUAUCCUUCAUUUGUUGAUCAGUUUCAAUUUUGUGUGCUUUAUAUGAUAGCUUUAGGUGGUGAUUCAAAAUUUCAACACAGAAUUUUGAAACUCAAUAAUAUGCUAAUUUAUUCAUAUAUUUUCAAAACUCACAAAAAAUACUUAUUUAUUUGUUGAUUAUUUUUGUUCCAUCUGAGAGCUACAUGAGGUUCACCAAGGUUCUACACAAGAGUUUAGACAUUUUGACUAGAAAAUUAUUUAUGCCAAUUUAUAUGAAAUUUAUUCAUAGAUCACAAAAAAUGCUUCUAUGUCAUUUCUUCAUCAAUUUCAAUUCUAUAUCCUCAAUUUAUGUCACCAAUAUCAUUCACUACAGUGUCAACUGGGUUGAAAUUAAAAUUGUGUUAAAUUUCGUUGCGAGAUGCCGGAUGAGCUCCACAUCAUUGAUGUGCUAGUUUUUUUUAUAAAUGUGAUUUGUAAUAUUCAGAAUUUAUAAAUUUGGGUCACCUAACAUAAUACUUCAACAUAUAAACACAGAAAGCUAAUUCAGUCAGUCACUGAUGUACUGGAAAAAACAAACUUAGAAUGAAAAUGGCAAAUAUACAGUAGAAUCUGCAUAAUUUGACCCUCCAUUUACAUCAAAUAAUCACCUUACUGGAAGCAUUUUUUCAAACCAGAAUAUGCAAAAAAUGUUCUAAUUACUUGUUCUAAGUUGAAGUUCACCAAAGUCGAACAUAUUUCAGUGAUCCCAAGAGAUUUGGCUUAGGCAGUCAUCUGUAAGUCACAACCAAAUUGUUAAUUUGAUUUGAGGGUAAGAAACAGACUGAAUAUUGCAUCCAACAAACCUGGCUCCCAUUUUAUAAAAUUGACAUGGAUUUCAGAUCUACCAGCAUACAUUAUUAUCAUGGAAUACUUCACUUUGAUUGACAGUCAAGUAUUGUUUCCAUGGUAGCGCUUAUAAAGAUAUUAAAAGUAUUAUUAUUCAUUACAAUUCCAAGCAAACCACAAAUACUCUGGCUAUUCAGGAAGUAGGGUGCCUGUAUGGAUUCUACUUUACUUGUUAAAGGUCUACUUAUCCUUUUUAAUGCUUGUUUUUGUCUUGAUUCACUGAAGCACUCCAGCAAAUGUUUAUGAAAUAUAUGAAUACAAUUUGGCCUGUUUGUCAGGGGCACUUUACAAAAAGAGUUGCAUUUAAAUGCACUAUGAAAAACAUCAAUUGUAAGUCCCAAAGACACUCUUCUGAGUGGUUGAAAAUCAAGUUUUAUUUGAAUUUUUUGAGACGAGUUGAUUGCAUCUCAGGCCAGCAUGUCGUGGAAUUAAAUUCAAUGCUGUUCACAUACUGCAUGACAUUGCUCCCACUUAUCUCAGUGAACUCCCAACAUUGAAAUCACCCACCCAGUCCUACAGACCAGUCUCCCACCUGUUAAAACAAAGAUUACACUAGGUGAUCAUGCCUUUGUUAGUGCUGCACCCAAACUCUGGAAUAGUCUCUCUUCCUUAAUAAGAAAUGCAUUAUCUAUUACCUUGUUCUAAACUAAAAACCUACCUUUUUCAAGAGAGUUUCAAUAAAUAAGUCCUGUUUUGUUAGAUAAUUUGUAGAGAGUGUAGGCUUCUCUUUUCCCGUAAUUAUCACUCAACAGUACUUUUUGCUUAUUAACUAUUUCACCUUAUAAGUAUUGUAAUGCGCAGUUGAGUAUAUACAUAUAGAAAUUGUGCAAUAUAAAUGUACAAUUAUUUUUAUUAUUAUUAUUACUACUACUUCUACUACUAUUAUUAUUAUUAUUAUUAUAUGUAUCGGUAUGCAAGCAUGGUUAAAUGCAAUCUUGAAAUUCAUGAAUAUACACAUCAGCAAAAUACCUUUGUUGUUUUCAUUUAGCUUCUCUUGUUAUUGAUAUAUAGGGGAAGCUACAUGUAAACUUUAUGUCUUGUUUGUUUUGUGAUAAUAGAAAGCUAAGGCUAUAUUGAAGAAUCAGCUUGAGAUGUAGCGGGGAACAUUUUAUAAAAGCCACACACAUA